GUGGGUGUUGGGGGGGGGGGGCGGGAAAACUGACGGAUACCGAAGAGAGGUUAGAACCGGCUGAAACCGGCUGGCUCCUGGUGCUCCGCAUUUACGGAAUCCUUAGACUGAAAGUGUCAUGCCACAUUUCCUACAUACCUGGAAUUACCUUGCCACUCUACUGGGUGUCUUCUUGGGCCUGAAGCCAGUCACAGGCCUGGACGUGUCACAGUCUCGACCCAACUUCCUCCUGCUCCUGGCAGAUGACCUGGGCAUCGGGGACCUCGGCUGCUAUGGCAACAGCACCAUCAGGACCCCGAACAUCGACCGACUUGCAGAAGGUGGCGUGAGGCUCACACAGCAUCUGGCAGCCGAGGCUGUGUGCACGCCAAGCAGGGCCGCCUUCCUCACUGGAAGGUACCCCAUCCGCACAGGCAUGACUUCUGGUAAUGGCCACCGUGUCCUCCAGUGGGCAGCGGGUGCUGGUGGCCUUCCUGCUGAGGAGAUCACAUUCGCGAAAAUCCUGACCGAGCAAGGCUACGUCACAGGCCUCAUUGGGAAAUGGCACCUGGGUCUGAACUGUCACUCUUCCUCUGACCACUGCCACCACCCACUGAGUCAUGGGUUUCAGCACUUCCUGGGGAUGCCACUGGGCAUGAUGGGGGACUGCUCCGGGACAGAGCCUUCAGAGAAGCGUGUGACACUACAACGCCGCCUGUACCUGUGCAGCCAGGCAUCUGCAUUAGCAGCACUCACCCUGGUUGCAGGGAGGCUCAUGGGGCUCCUCCAUGCACCACGGUGGCUGCUAGUCCUCAUCUUGGCUGCUGCAGCCACCAUGUUCACUGUGUCGCGUCAUGUUGGUGACCUCAUCAUAUAUGCUGAUUGUUUCCUCAUGAGGAACCACACUGUGACCCAGCAGCCCCUGCACCUCGAGCAGGUCACUGGCCUCAUGCUCCGGGAGGCAAAGACAUUCCUGCAGAGGAACAAGCACCACCCCUUCAUGCUGUUCAUAUCCUUCCUGCACGUGCACGUCCCCCUCGUGACCACUGCAGGUUUCCGGGGACGGAGUAAGCAUGGGCUGUAUGGGGACAAUGUGGAGGAGAUGGACUGGAUGGUAGGACAGAUCCUGGACGCCUUGGACCGGGAAGGGCUGACAGACAAUACGCUCGUAUACUUUGCCUCUGACCAUGGAGGCUCACUGGAGUCUCGUGUGGGUCACAUGCAGCUUGGGGGCUGGAAUGGGAUAUAUAGAGGUGGCAAAGGCAUGGGCGGCUGGGAGGGUGGCAUCCGCGUUCCUGGUAUCUUCCGCUGGCCUGGGGUGCUGCCUGCAGGGCGGGUUGUGGAUGAGCCCACGAGCAUGAUGGAUGUGUUCCCCACCGUGGUCCUCCUGGGGGGCGGGACUGAGCCAAGGGACAGGGUGAUUGAUGGGCGGAACCUGCUGCCCCUGCUGCGCGGGGAGACCCCACACUCUGACCACGAGUUCCUGCUGCACUACUGUGAAGUGUUCCUGCAUGCUGCGCGCUGGGUGCAGCGCGACCGAGGAAGAGUGUGGAAGGUUCACUUCAUGACCCCGAACUUCCACCCAGAAGGGGCCGGCGCCUGCUAUGGCAGCGCAGUGUGCCCAUGCAUCGGGGAUGUGACAGAGCAUGACCCGCCUCUGCUCUUUGACCUCUCCACGGACCCGGGUGAGACCCGCCCACUGAAGCCUGACACAGAACCCGAGUUCCACACUGUGGUAGGGAAACUGAAGCAGGAGGCAGCUCAGCAGUGGCACUCGCUAAGCCAGAUCCACCAGCAGCUGGGCUCCAUCUACAACAUCUGGCGUCCAUGGCUGCAGUCAUACUGUGGGGAGUUCCCAAACUAUGGGUGUGACCUCGAGGAGUGACACCCACAUUACCCUGGCUGGGACUGAGACGCAGGGCCCCGCAUAUCUAUCAUCUCCAGAAACAGAAGUUAUGUUCAUCCUAAUGCAUUAUAGGUGUGGGUGCAAGGAGUUCUUUUGGUGAGGUGCAAUGUGGGUGCUAGUACAGGGUGUUCCACUAGUGUGGAUAUGACCUUGAGGAUUGACACUCCACACAAAACAUCCUUCUGAGUCUAUGGGGUAGGGUUCACAUGUCCAUCACCUUUAUGAUUGGAUGUUAAGGCCAUCACAAUACAUUGUGAGUGCUGGUGUAGGCUUAUCCACUUGUGUAGGUGUGACCAUGAAGAAUGACACCCAUGUGACACCCACUGGAGACAUAGGGGCGAGGUUGAGGUUAUGACUGCUAGGAGUGGUGUUCACAUGAUGACAUGAGAGGUUGAGGGAUGGGACUUCACCUGUUCAUCAGUGUCAGAACCAAACAUUAUGUCCAUAGUAAUGCAUUGUUGUUGGGUGUUUCUGCAGAUUUAUGUAGGUGGUUUGACUCAGGAGUGUUAACAGUUAGUUUUGAUCUGCCUUGUCUCUAGUACCUUCUGAAGUCUUAUCUGAAAGUUUCCUAAGGGUGCAAAAUCUAUGCAAAAUUUGGAUUGAGAAAAAAAUCUAGCAAACCAUGAAAUUCCUUGAUGGAGCAUUUGCAUUUGUCAUUGUCCUUUUGAGAAGCUUAGAUAAGAUGUUUUGGGAUAUGGAAAUCAACUUUUUAAAGGUGUAAAUUGGAUAAUAAUAAAAAUGCCCUUGGCUAUGG